UGUAGCACGGCCUACGGCUUGCGGAGAACGUUUUCGGACGUCAACUGUCGUACCCCGGCGGAUACCGCAGCGCUGCGCCUCAACGCCGCGCGGCAGAGCCACACGCAGCGAGGGAGCUGUUCCCCGACGCCACCGCAGCGCUGUACGGACAGACCGCGCCGGGCGCCCGAGCACCGCCACGCCGCCGCAGCGCUCACAAAUCCACCAGAACCGACACGCCGCGCCGCCGAGCACCACAAACAACGCAACGAUGGACCACGGACCCCCGGGCGGCUACUACCCGGACGCGAAGCGGCAACGCACGGCCAAACCGGACCACGCCUUCUCCAAGCAGCAGUCCGGGUAUGAAUUUCAACAACAUAAAAUGAACGCUGCUGUUGCCGCGCAAGGAGGACGACAAAAGCCACCCGCCUCGAAAGUUGCGAUCAGACGAGCCGGCGGCAAGACCUGGCGCGACGACACUUUGGAACAGUGGCCCGAGGGCGACUUUCGCUUGUUCGUGGGGAACAUCGGCAACGAAGUUACUGAUGAGUUACUUUCUCAUUCGUUCGGGAGGUAUCCCUCGUUGGCUCGUGCGAAAGUGAUCAGAAACAAGCACACGAACAAGUCCAAGGGCUACGCGUUCAUCUCGUUCAUGGACCCUUUUGAUUGCGCGAAAGCGUUGCGGGAGAUGUCGGGCAAAUACAUCGGGAACCGCCCUUGUAAAUUGCAGAAGUCGACGUGGAACGAGCGCACUUUGUCGGAAGUGCGGAAGAAGGACAAGAAGAAGCGCAAGGCCCAGAAGCAGUGGGGGAUCUCGGCGUAAGUGUAGUUCCUAGCAAGGCCGUCGGGAUGUCGCGUCGAUGGCGUCGGGGGGGAGGAAUUUGGCGCGUG